GCUAUAUAUAAAGGGAGGCCGGGCUAGCUCCUGAUCGAAAGCAGCCAUACAUACAUCUCUUCUCUUCUCGAUCGAUCGAUCGAUCGAUCAGCUUCAACUUCUUAAUUAGGCAGCUAAUGGAGGGCAAGGAGGAGGAUGUUCGGCUUGGCGCGAACCGGUACUCUGAGCGGCAGCCCAUCGGCACGGCGGCGCAGGGCAGCGACGACAAGGACUACAAGGAGCCUCCCCCGGCGCCGCUGUUCGAGGCGGAGGAGCUGGCGUCGUGGUCCUUCUACCGCGCCGGCAUCGCCGAGUUCGUGGCCACCUUCCUGUUCCUCUACAUCAGCAUCCUGACGGUGAUGGGCGUGAGCAAGUCGUCCAGCAAGUGCGCCACCGUGGGCAUCCAGGGCAUCGCCUGGUCCUUCGGCGGCAUGAUCUUCGCGCUCGUCUACUGCACGGCCGGCAUCUCCGGCGGCCACAUCAACCCGGCGGUCACCUUCGGCCUCUUCCUGGCGCGCAAGCUCUCGCUCACGCGCGCGCUCUUCUACAUGGUGAUGCAGUGCCUGGGCGCCAUCUGCGGCGCCGGCGUCGUCAAGGGCUUCCAGCAGGGCCUCUACAUGGGCGCCGGCGGCGGCGCCAACGCCGUCAACCCGGGCUACACCAAGGGCGACGGCCUCGGCGCCGAGAUCGUCGGCACCUUCGUCCUCGUCUACACCGUCUUCUCCGCCACCGACGCCAAGCGCAGCGCGCGCGACUCGCACGUGCCCAUCCUGGCGCCGCUCCCCAUCGGCUUCGCCGUCUUCCUCGUGCACCUCGCCACCAUCCCCAUCACCGGCACCGGCAUCAACCCCGCGCGAAGCCUCGGCGCCGCCAUCAUCUACAACAGGUCACACGCAUGGAACGACCACUGGAUCUUCUGGGUCGGCCCCUUCAUCGGCGCUGCUCUUGCCGCCAUCUACCAUGUGGUGAUCAUCAGGGCCAUCCCCUUCAAGAGCCGCGACUAAUUAAGCAUCUAUGGCACCAGCAAGGGAAUUGCAUGCAUCGGCUAGCUCAUCAAUCUCGAUCAUGUCCUCAAUAAGAAGCUGCUCGAUCGAUAUCCGGGCUAUGUAUGUGCACGUACGUGUUUUGUACUUUAUGUCCGCGUGGGUGUGUGUGGUGGUGGUGCUGCUGCUGCUGAGGCCAGUGUGUAAUGUUUCUUGAUUAUUGCAUUUUGCGCCCUCAGCUCUUCAAAUAGUAAACUUGGUGUCCACUAGUAGUAAAUUAAAUCAAGCAUGCAUGCAUAUGUGUAAAAUGAUAAUAAUGUACUAUAUACAUACUACUUCCUUAUUGCAACA